AUGGACGUGACGCACGCGUGUCGCUGUUGCCUGCGGUGUCCUCCGGACAAGGACCUGACGACGCCGUACACACAUCUCGGCAAAACGGAGAUAUAUGGCCACAUUAUCAAAGAGUGCUUCGAUAUACAUCUGGUGGUGGGCGGCUCGGGCUCGUGCGGCAUCUGCUCUAUGUGCGUGGGCCGCCUGCGAGACGCGAGCGAAUUCAAGCUGCAAGUGCAGCGCAGCCAGGCGGAGCUGCAGGCGCGCACGCAGGGAGCGAGCCAAGUCAAAGGUGAAGAGCCCCCGGUCAAACCGGAGAUGCUGGAAGAAGAUCUAACACCUGAUGAGAUAUUGCAUGACAUGCUCCGGUUCAACAUGGCGGCCGGAGACGCGGCGAGCGACGGGGGUGACCCGCUGUCGGCGGAGGGGCGGGCGGUCAAGUCGGAGGUGUCGGACGCGGCGAGUGACGAGGACUGCGUGUCGGGUGAGUACUGCCACACCACGAUACUACUGCACAUAGUACGGUACGAGCCACGCUACAUUAUACAUACGUAA